AUGGGGCUAGAGGAGCUGGGUCACUUCCUUUUUCAACCUGUGCUGAGAAAUGCUGGGGCUCACCCACAAGUAUCAGGACCCCAUGGACACAGGGAAAUCCGAGCAAAUGUGAUGAAACCAGUUAAAUGUUUGGCUCUGGGAACACAGCCUGUUGGUGGUUAGCGAUGGACUAUGGACUGCAUGUGAAUCUUAAUUUUUGCAACUCAGAGCUUUGUGAUGAAGGGAAACAGUUUGCUGCUUGCUUCAAGGGUAGGCUCAUUUGCAUUUCUCUGCAAGGAAGUAGUAAUGAGUCACCAAGCCUUAGAUUUCACCCGUUCUUGAUUUCUUGCUGAGUUAACUUUAAUUGAAUGGAGGAGUUAUCAUAAGUGAAUUGUCUUGAAAAUAAAUGCUAUUAAGGAAGAAUGGUUGGGAGAUGGGGCUUGUGAAUAGAGAAGGACUACAGGACUAGUCCUAUUUAAAUGAGUGCACCAUAAAACUAUUGGAUUUGAAAAAAAAAAAACUUAUUGGGUUUGACAGUAUAUGUAGAUUACACCUAUAGCCUAAGGAAAAUACUAAAAUCAUGUGAGAUUAUAAACUUUCUUAUGACAUUCAGGCAAGAGUCCUGGCCAAUAAGACUUCCUCUGGAAUAUCAGAGUUAGAAAAGACCCCAGAGAUGAGCUAAUUACGAUAGACUCCUUGAGAAAAAGACCUGGUGUUAGGGAGUGAACAGAAAAGUCUGAUUGCUUACAAAUCUCUCUGCGCUAUUCAGUUUCUUCACUUAGAAAAUAAAAAUAUGCUUACUAAAUUAUAAAAAAGUCAUUUUUAUACAUACAUAAAAUGUACAUGACUAAUGGGGAAUAAUUACUUGAAUUAGUUUAAUAAAUUACUGCAUGGUAACUUCGAAACUGGUAUUAUCCUUAACUUGACCAGUAAUUUUGCCUAGAACCCUUGUAUCUCUUGUGAUAAGUAUCAUAAAAAAACAUCUGUUAGGAAAUGUCUCAAAAGCUGUGCCUAAGGAAGAAUAUAUAUAUUUUUUCUAACCCAGGGAGCAUUGUGUUUGUAGAAAUCUAUUUUAGUGUUUUCCAAGCCAAAGAGAGCAGCUAUUUAUUCACUAAGAAUUGAGUGCUAGCAGUUUGUAUUUAAUAAUUACUCAUGUUUAAAAUAUAGUUACUACUUGAGUUUUACUGGGGAAAAUGUAAGUGCAUUUAUUGCCAAUAAAUUCCUCCCAGAAGUGAGCCAAAGAGGUGUAUACAAGUUCUUGAAGUUGAAGUUCUGAACGAAGACUCAUUAAUAUAUGGUCAUUUUGAGAAAAGGGGAAGAAAUAACUAAGAACCUCCUAUGAGUGUCACUGUUCUCUGGGUCAUUAAAGACUCACGAUAAGUAACUGAAAGGCAUUCUUUAGAAGGGUUUAUUUGAAUCAGUCUUUUCACAUGCCAAAGAUACUGUAGGAGAGAACUUCCCACAUGUUGUUAAAAGUAUCCUGAUUUUGCUGGCAGGAAUAUGAACAUCUGUUCUGGGGAAAGAAAAAGUUUCAUGCAAAUUAUAUAGUCAAAGGAGAGAAGGGGUGUUCAAGUUGAGAAACCAGUGACAUUAUUUCUUGUAACUGUAUUAUGAGUCAGCACGUUUUUAAUUUUCCUGAUAAUAUAUGGAAAUGUAGUGAGGUGAUAAGGAACAGUGUUCAUUUUGUGUUUGCAUGAUCUUAUUUUCUCGUGGGUGUGUAUGUGUGUGACUUCAUGGGGUUGACGUUUCUGUUGUAAAAUGAGGAUACAGUAAAUUGUAGUCCGUGGAAGGCUGACUGGAAGCAACACACCCAUAGCUUUAGAAAGCAGUUUCCGCCCCAGCGAAAGAGUGUGAGCGCGAUGGAACCCCACGUUCCUGGAAGUUUGCACAUCACAGUAAACAAACUUGAAAACCCCUCAUGAGAGCAGAAUUCACCCAACCUCGUUCCAUUUUCUCUUAACAAAACACACCGCAAAAGCUCUCACAAGCUGCUUUGAUGAAGCCACAUGUAUUUCCCCCUUCACAAUUUACAGGAAGUUACUCUUAAAAGAAAGUGAUUCUGAUGUUUACUGCCUAUGUUAAAGGGACAGAGUUCUUUUUACUUUUGAUAACCUUUGAGCAAAUAUAGAAACCAUUUAUAGACUAAUAUAGUCAGUAUGUGAGUAAGAAUAGAGCAACAACUGGCUGGCCUGUUAGAGCGAAAUUUCUGCUACGAACCAGUGCCCUGUUACUUGGAGACUACAAGUCACAGAUAACCAGAUCUAUUCCAGGGGGGAGCUUCACCACUUCAUCGAUGGCUUUAAUGAGGAGAAAAGCAACUGGAUGCGCUACGUGAAUCCUGCACAUUCUGCCUGGGAGCAAAACCUGGCUGCGUGUCAGAACGGAAUGAACGUCUACUUCUACACCAUUAAGCCCAUCCCUGCCAACCAGGAACUUCUUGUGUGGUAUUGUCGGGACUUUGCAGAAAGGCUUCACUACCCUUAUCCUGGAGAGCUGACAAUGAUGAAUCUCACACCAACGCAGAGCAGCAAUCCAAAGCAGCAGAGCACUGAGAAAAAUGAACUUUGCCCAAAGAAUGUCCCAAAGAGAGAAUACAGCGUGAAAGAAAUCCUAAAAUUGGACUCCAACCCCUCCAAAGGAAGGGACGUCUACCGCUCCAACAUUUCACCCCUCACUUCAGAAAAGGACAUGGAUGACUUCAGAAAAAGUGGGAGCCCCGAAAUGCCCUUCUACCCUCGGGUGGUGUACCCCAUCCGGGCCCCUCUGCCAGAAGACUUUUUGAAAGCUUCCCUGGCUUAUGGGAUGGAGAGACCGACUUACAUUACCCACUCCCCCAUCCCGUCCUCUGCAACUCCAAGUCCCUCAUCCAGAAGCAGCCCUGACCAAAGCCUAAAAAGCUGCAGUCCCCACAGCAGCCCAGGGAACACGGUGUCACCGCUGGCUCCCAUCCCCCACGAACAUCGGGACUCAUACACUUACCUGACCUCGCCCUACGGCCCUGAAGGCUUGGGCUCUUACCCCGGAUACGCGCCUGCUCCCCACCUCCCACCAGCUCUCAUCCCCUCAUACAGUGCUCACUACCCCAGGUUUCUUUUACCCCAGUAUGGCAUGAAUUGUAAUAGCCUGAGCGCUGUGGGCAACAUAAACAGCAUCAACAACUUCAGCCUCUUCCCGAGGUUGUACCCUGUCUACAGCAACCUCCUCGGUGGGGGCAACCUGCCUCACCCUGUGCUCAACCCAGCCUCUCUGCCGAGUUCGCUGCCCUCCGACGGAGCCCGGAGGCUCCUUCAGCCUGAACAUCCCCGAGAAGUGCUUGUCCCGACACCCCACAGUGCCUUCUCCCUCCCCGGGGCCGCUGCCACCAUGAAGGACAAGGCUUGCAGCCCCACGAGCGGGUCUCCCACGGCGGGCACGGCUGCCAUGUCGGAGCACGUGGUGCAGCCCAAAGCUACCUCAGCAGCGAUGGCAGCCCCCAGCAGCGACGAAGCCAUGAAUCUCAUUAAAAACAAAAGAAACAUGACUGGCUACAAGACGCUUCCCUACCCACUGAAGAAGCAGAACGGCAAGAUUAAGUAUGAGUGCAACGUUUGCGCCAAGACUUUCGGCCAGCUCUCAAAUCUGAAGGUCCACCUCCGAGUGCACAGUGGAGAACGGCCUUUCAAAUGCCAGACUUGCAACAAGGGCUUCACUCAGCUCGCCCACCUGCAGAAACACUACCUGGUACACACAGGAGAAAAGCCACAUGAAUGCCAGGUUUGCCACAAGCGAUUUAGCAGCACCAGCAACCUUAAGACCCACCUACGGCUCCACUCCGGAGAGAAACCUUACCAGUGCAAGGUGUGCCCUGCCAAGUUCACCCAGUUCGUGCACCUGAAACUCCACAAGCGCCUACACACCCGGGAGCGGCCCCACAAGUGUGCCCAGUGCCACAAAAGCUACAUCCACCUCUGCAGCCUCAGGGUCCACCUGAAGGGAAACUGCCCCAUGGCCCCCGCUGCCGGGCUGCCCUUGGACGACCUGACCCGAAUCAACGAGGAAAUAGAGAAGUUUGACAUCAGUGACAAUGCCGACCGGCUCGAGGACAUGGGGGACAACAUCGAUGUGACCUCUGUGGUGGAGAAGGAAAUUCUGGCCAUGGUCAGAAAGGAAAAAGAAGAAACUGGGCUGAAGGUUUCUUUGCAAAGAAACACGGGGAAUGGACUCCUCUCCUCAGGGUGUAGCCUUUAUGAGUCAUCAGAGCCGUCCCUCCUGAAGCUGCCUCACACUCUCCCACUACCUCUGGUACCUGUAAAGGUCAAACAGGAAACAGCUGAACCGAUGGAUCCUUAGGAUUUUUCAGAAAAUGAGAAGCGUUGCAUUUUGUUUUGUUUUGUUAAUUUAUGACCUGGUGUAGUCAGGGUGCCUGUAGCAAAUUCCUUGUACAUACUUCCACUUCUGCAUGGCUCUCCUGACCACAGACAGUUUCCCCUCACCUCUCUGGAAUAAAGAAGGAACUCCAAAGUUACUGAAAUCUCAGGGCAUAAACGAAGCAAAGACAAUAUAUAUAUACAUAUUAUAUAUAUAUAUAUAUAUAUAUAUAUAUACUUAUUUACACACACAUCUAUAUAUUUGAACCUGAGCAUUUUGAGAAUUUGUGUGGAUAUGUUUGCAUAGCCUUCCCAUUACUAAGACUAUUGCCUAACCAUAAUUAUUUUUUCAAUGAUAAUACUUCAUAAUUUAUUAUGCAAUUUAUCAUUCAAAAAGCAAUAAUUAAAAAAGUUUACAAUGACUGGAAAAAUUCCUUGUAAUUUGAGUAUAAAUGUUAUAUUUUUGUCUUGUGACCAUUCUUUGUAGAUAAUUUGUGCACCUCUGUUUAAGUACCUAAGAUUUAGCAAACAAAUAUAUUACUUUCAUCGACUUCCCUCUGUAAUAAUGGUUUGGAAAUGAGGUUUUGGUAUUGCCAGAGUUAACACAGUUGAUCUGUUAACUCAAAAGAUCAUAUCGUUUGGAUGGCAUUAUAUAAUUUGGAGGUAUGUGUGCAGAAUUACCAAUAAUAACUUGUGUAGAAGAAACAAGAAAAAGAGUAGUGUACGUUUCCGUAGGUAGUUCAGAUUUUUUUUUUUUUCCUAGACACAAUUUUACCCAGGAAGGUAACAGGAAGGCUCUGCAGCCUGUCUCCCUCUCCAAAACGCAGAGCCCCUCCCUCCCCCCUCCCACUCCCCAAAGUCAUGUGACCAUUCACAGUAGCCACGUGAUUGUUGCAUCCCAACGUAUUAUCUGAAAAUGUGAAAAAGACAAAAUGCUAUGUUUAAAACCACUGCGAAAUUUUCCCAAAGCACAGGUGGUUUUUGUAUCUGUGAGGUUUGGGGCCUUGAGUCUGGGUGUUGUGUUUGUUUUUGGUUCUGUUUUUUUAUGUCAAAAUUGCACAAAUAUGGUGCUCUACCAGGAAGGAGUUUGAGGUAGAUAGGCUCAGGCCACACCGAAAAGCAAAAACAGAAAAACGGGUAUUCUCAUAAUCUUAGGUAAAAGCGGGUAAUGAACAUUCCUAUCCCCAACACAUCAAUUUUAUUUUUUUUCCUGUAUAAAACUCAGCUUUUCCUCAGUAUUUGUGUUUUUACAUUUUAUGGUUAACUUAAUUGAAGAUGAAAGGGCAUUGCAAAGUUGUUCAACAACAAUUACCUCAUUGAGUGUGUCCGGUAGUGCAGGAAAUGAUGUUUUAUCUAAUGAUUUGCUACCCUAGAGAAGAAACCAAGUGUGCUCCAAAAAGACAGACUGUGUGUCAUUUUAUCUUUUAUUCUGUUAAGUCCAAAGAUGACAUGUUGGCAUUCAAGGUGUAGCAAUGAAUGAUGUAUAUUUAUAAAUCUAUUUAUACCACUAUACCAUGUGUAUAUAUAUAUAUAUAUAUAAUAUAUUUAUAACCACUUAAAUUGUGAGCCAAGCCAUGUAAAAGAACCUACUUUUCCUAAGGGCAAAAACAAAAAAUCAAACCUUUGCUGAGACUCUGCUUAACACUCAAUAACCUCAAAAUCUAAUUUUUGUGCUCGGGCACCUCCUUGCUAUUGCCAGAGAGCCUGGAACUAUGGUGCAAAGGUGGAACUGGGUGACAACUAGGGAGAAAGAGAGCAACCAAUCCUUUUGUACCAUUCGGGACAAUCAGAGAUAGAUAGCUUUAGUUUUUUCCUUGGUUGGAUUUUCUUAACUUUUAAUCAAAGACCAGCUUAGUUUUGUUUUGCCACCUUGUGAUUAUGUGGUCACACCCAAGUCAAAGAAAUAAAAAUCCCAUUAUUCAGUCCCUUUAUCAGCCAUAAUUUUUCUCUCUUCCUCUCUCUCCCUCCUAAAUACUGCUCUCUUACUAAUCAGUCCAUUUUAUAUAUUCAGCAAUUUUUUCAUGGCAACUAAUGUCAACCCUGCAAAAUAGAACAGGUUUAGGAUAAGCCAGGGAAACGUAAUAGCCUUACUGAUCUGUACUUAUAAAUAGCAAGACAGGAAUUUUUAAUGUAUCGGUGUUUGACAAACAGCUCUUAAUUGUAGGUAAUACGAAGCCCUCACUACUCGGACAUGGACACCACUUUCUCUUCACCACCGUUCAUGCAUUCUCUUUUUUUCCCUUGUGUGCUUUCUUGUAUUUGAGAAUUUUUACAAAUCAUUGCUUUGCAGGUGGCUGGAGACUUCUUCCUUCUCUUUCCAAGUGACUUUCCCCAAUAGGCCUCUUACAUGUUAAUGUUGAGCCCACAAUCAAUAGUGGUUUUACUUUUUCCUCUAUUCAAAGUUAAAACUGACCAAAGUUACUGGCUUUUUACUUUGCUAGAACAACAAACUAUCUUAUGUUUACGUACUGGUUUACAUUGUUAUUUAUGUGCAAAUUGUCGAAGUGUAAAUUAAAUAUAAAUGU